UAAGACUGGGGUUUGGGGUUAUGGAUAUUCAGACAAAAGCUAUAAGAAUAAUUCCCACCUAGGACGAGAAUGUCAGAAGGCCCUGAGGUAAGGAUAGAAAAGUCUCCACUCUCUACCUUUCACCUCCCAGGCCCCAACCUGAUAAUUUUAAUGCAGGUAAUUUCAAAUCUCAUUUUUAUUUCAGGUUCUGAAAAAUCACCUGAAGAUGUCCUUUAAUGAGCAGCAAUGCAAGCAGCCAUGUGUGCCCCCUCCGUGUCUUCAAAAGAACCAAGAGCAGUGCCAGGCAAAGGCUGAGGAAGUGUGCCUCCCUCCAAGCCAGGACCCCUGCCAAGAGAAGUGCCCAGCCCAAAUUCAGGAGGUGGGUCUUCCUCAAUGCCAGGAAUUAAGCCAAGAAAACUAUCCACAGCAAGGCCAAGAUCCAUGCCUAUCCCCAUGCCAAGACCAAUGCCUUCCUCAGUGCAUGGAGCCGUGCCAGGAGCUAUCCCAGACUAAAUGUGUAGAAAUUUUCCCACAGAAUUCCCAGGAGAAGUGCUCUCCCCCUGGCAAGGGAAAGUAGCUGCUCAUUGGGCCAUCUAGGGUCAAGAAGAUGGCCAACAGAUGAAAACCCAACUCUAGCCCAUGCUAAGUUCUCCUGUAGUUAUUUUUAUGUGCAAUGUAGUUUCUCACCUCUUGGCUUUCUCAGUAUUCCAGGACUUAGUCUGCAUCUCUAAAGACAGUUCUCUCUGUAUUUCAUCAGUCACUGUGAAUAAGUAUUGUUUUCAGCAGUCUGGUGGAAGGUCUCAAAUGUGGGGAUGGUGUGGUUACCAGUGGAGACUACAGAAGCCUAGCACAGCUCCCUUGGGUCAAAAAUUCACCCAGCCCUGGGUGCGUACCAGCCAAGGAUGUCUUCAUUCAUCUUUCA